GUAAGGUUGUCACUGGUUUCACCGGUCAUAAACUGAACAGCACACAGGAUUACCACACAGCACAAUGUGAAAAACAUUUGGGAUAGAGACAGAUCUUUUAUCUCUAAAACUGAAAAACAGGGUUCCCCAACUGGCGGACCAUGGCCAAAUCAGCAUAUGUGGGAACUCCUUCAAGACUGUUGGAAAAGCAUUCCAGCAUCUUCUGCUCCAACUAUGACAGUGUGGGGGUCCAGAGUGAAGCGCUACAUGGGGCCUAACGUCUACACGGCUCCCCCAGAUGGUGGCUGGGGCUGGGUGGUGGCGGUCUCCUUCUUCCUGGUGGAAGUGUUCACCUACGGAGUCAUCAAGAGCCUGGGCAUCUUCCUCCAGGACCUGAUGGGGGAGUUUGGGGAGAGCAACAGCCGAGUCUCUUGGAUCAUCUCCAUCUGCGUCUUCACUAUGAGCUUCACUGCUCCUCUUGCUUCUAUAAUGACCAACCGAUUUGGGUUCCGGCCAGUUGUUAUGAUUGGUGGACUCCUCAUCUCCAUAGGAACCAUCGCCAGUGGCUUCACCAACUCCAUCAACGAGAUGUACAUCACCAUCGGACUCGUUGCAGGUCUUGGGUACUGUCUGACCUUCCUUCCCACCGUCACCCUACUGUCUCAGUACUUCUCCCAGCGACGCUCCCUGGUCACAGCUGUCGCCUCCACGGGAGAGUCCUUCUCUGUGUUCGCCCUCGCCCCAGCAUUCUCUGCUCUGAGGGACUGUAUCGGCUGGCGUUACACUCUGGUAGUGAUCGGAGCUCUGCAGGGCAUCAUCAUCAUCUGUGGAGUUUUGCUAAGACCCAUCUUCAUCAGACCUGGACCAGCCACGGAGACAGAGACAGGUGGACUGGCUGACCAAGAGCUGAAGGCUCUGAACACACAGGAGGAGUACAGCACUAAGGAGAGAUUGUACACUAAGGACAGUUCAUAUGUUAAGGAUAGCUCUUACACACCGCAGAGUUCCUACUCUCAGGAGAACAAGCUGACUCAUUGUUACUCCCUGAGCUCUGGAGAGUCUGAGGACUCUGGGGUCCAGUCCCUCCAUCACCAGGUCCUGGAUGAUGGUAGCAAGGCAGGGGAGGAGAUUCCACUGAAGGGGAAAGGGGAGAAGGGAGAAAAGGGGUGGAAAGAGAGAAGAGAGAAGGAGGCGUCUUCACAGCUGUGCUUAGGAAGCAAGGAGAUGGAGAAGGACGAGGAGCAGACACAGACAGUAUCCGCCCAAAAGCCCAAACUCCUUGACUUCUCCGUGCUGAGAGAAGGUAGCUUCAUAUGCUAUGCUCUCUUCGGCCUCUUCGCCACAUUGGGUUUCUUUGCCCCUCAGCUCUAUAUCAUCGAGCUGAGCGUGAGCCGUGGCGUAGAGCGCGACCGUGCAACCUACAUGCUUUCCGCCAUGGCGGUUGCAGAGAUCUUUGGUCGCCUCUCCAUUGGUUGGGUGCUAGGCAGGAAGCUGUUUAGAGGCAGGAAGCCCUUGGUGCUGCUAGGAUGUGUAGUCCUGCUGUGCCUGGUGCUGGUGGCCUUUACCCUGGUGUGGGAGUUCUGGGGCCUGGCGAUGUGUUGUGGGUUCUAUGGGUUUUUUAUGGGCACUGUGUCAUCAACGCAUAUACCCAUGCUGGCAGAGAAAGAUGUGGUGGGCAUAGAGAGGAUGGCGUCGGCCGCGGGAGUCUAUGUGUUUAUACAGAGCUUCGCUGGGCUGGCCGGACCACCACUAGGAGGUGUUCUGGUGGACCUGACUCAGAACUACGGCUCAGCUUUCUACUCCUGUGCGGUGGGUAUGGGUUUGGGAGCUGUGUUCCUGGGACUGGUACGACCAGCCAAGAGAGGCUUGCCCUGCUUCAGCAAGAGGGGGCCUCAAAAUUGCCCAGAACCCCUGCAGGUGGGGCCAGGGAACCCUGUACCUCAGCGAGAGGGGAAGGAGGCCCAGGACAGAGAAAGUCUUCAGGACUUCCUAGAAGUUGACCUUGAUUUGGACCAAAAACAGGAAAUCAUUAUUGAAAAAGGCCAACUGAUGACAAUCUCUACUUGAAAAGACAUCACACAGCUCAGAAGGAAACCCCAUAAGAGUCUGAACUGAAGUCUUACAUUUACAUUUUAGUCAUUUAGCAGACACUCUUAUCCAGAGCGACUUACAGUAGAGUGCAUACAUUUUAUUACAUUUUACAUACUGAGACAAGGAUAUCCCUACCGGCCAAACCCUCCCUAACCCGGACGACACUAUGCCAAUUGUGCGUCGCCCCACGGACCUCCCCGUUGCGGCCGGCUGCGACAGAGCCUGGGCGCGAACCCAGAGACUCUGGUGGCGCAGCUAGCACUGCGAUGCAGUGCCCUAGACCACUGCGCCACCCGGGAGGAAGUCUUGGCUAAGCUAGUGCUGAUUGAGACAAAUCAGACAAAUAUGUGAAUAAAGACUGCCAUGGACAGAUAAGGAAUCUCUAUCCUGUGAUUUCAGAUCUGGUUUCGGGAGUCUGGAGAGGUUUCAUAUCUCCAGUCACACACACUGAACAAAGGAAAGGGCAUACUGAACAACCUGGAUGUAAGGGGUGAAAUUAACACUACAACAAUGUUAUUAUGGCUUCCAUGAACAUCAAAACACUGUGCUUUAGCUCAUGUAACUGUUAGAGAGGAUAUACAAACAAUAUGUAGAGGCCAGUUAUUAGAUUUAUGAAGUCAGCUGGGAAACCUUAUUACGCUCACACUUGAUUUCAAAGGUCAAUUGUAAGGCAACUAGCUGCAAUAAGAUUGUGAGUUUGCUCCCAAAAAUAACAGUAAAGUUGAUUCAACUUACAAUUGUAUCUCAUUUGGGAGUAAAGCUGAACAAACAUACAUUCUCAAGUUGAAUUGUAUGUUCACUCAACUUUUAGUUUUAGGUUGAGUGAACAUACGCUGAACAAAAAUAUAAAUGCAACAUGUAAAGUGUAAAGCCCAUGUUUCUUGAGCUGAAAUAAAAUAUCUCCUAAAUUGUCCAUACGCACAAAAAGCUUAUUUCUCUAAAAUGUUGUGCACAAAUUUAUUUACAUCCCUAUUAGUGAGAAUUUCUCCUUUGCCAAGAUAAUCCAACCACCUGACAGGUGUGGCAUAACAAGAAGCUGAUUAAACAUCAUGAUCAUUACACAGGUGCACCUUGGGGACAAUAAAAGGCCACUCUAAAAUGUGCCGUUUUGUCACACAACACAAUGCCACAGAUGUCUCAAGUUGAGGGAGCGUGCAAUUGGCAUGCUGACUGCAGGAAUGUCCACCAGAGCUGUUGCCAGAGAAUGUCAUGUUAUUUAUCCACCAUAAGCCGCCUCCAACGUUGUUUAGAGAAUUUGUCAGUACAUCCAACCGGCCUCACAACUGCAGACCAUGUUUAUGGCGUUGUGUGGGUGAGCAGUUUGCUGAUGUCAACGUUGUAAACAGAGUGCCCCAUGGUUGUGGUGGGGUUAUGGUAUGGGCAGGCACAUGCUACAGAAAACAAACACAAUUGCAUUUUAUCGAUGGCAAUUUGAAUGCACAGAGAUACUGUGAUGAGAUCCUGAGGCAAUUAAUCUGCCGUCAUCACCUCAUGUUUCAGCAUGAUAAUGCACGGCCCCAUGUCGCAAGGAAAAUGUUCCAGUUCUUCCAUGGCCUGCAUACUCACCAGACAUGUCACCCAUUGAGCAGGUUUGGGAUGCUCUAGAUUGACGUGUACGACAGCGUGUUCCAGUUCUAGACAAUAUCAAAUAUAACUUUGCACAGCCAUUGAAGAGUGGGACAACAUUCCACAGGCCGCAAUCAACUGCCUGAUCAACUCUAUGCGAAGGAGAUCACACCAGAUACUGACUGGUUUUCUGAUCCAAGCAUCCAAUUUUUUUUAAGGUAUCUGUGACCAACAGAUGCAUAUCGGUAUUCCCAGUCAUGUGAAAUCCAUAGAUUAGGGCCUAAUUCAUUUAUUUCAAUUGACUGAUUUCCUUAUAUGAACUGUAACUCAAUAAAACAUUUGAAAUCGUU